UGCGUGUGCGUUAGCAAGAAAAAAAGGUAAAACAACAUAAAAGGGAACUUACUUGCUAUAUCUGUCGUGGUCUCUCUCUACAAAAUGCUCUAAAAAGCAGGAGUUUCAUCGAUUUGAGUCCUGAUUCUACCCAUUAGAGUGAACGACCCAAGCGCCAUGUCGAAACGUAAGAAACCAAGCAGAGCAGUGAUAAAUUCAGACAGUUCUGCAUCGGAAAAUGAGUCGGAUCUGGAAGAGGAACUGCUUACUUUAGCCAAAAGGAAAAAGGUGGAGCCAGAGUCGGCCAAGGAAUCAACUUCACAAAAGAGCAAUUCUGAGUCCGAGACAUCAGAGAGUGAUGAUGAUUGGACACUGGGUGGCAACAAAAAGAAGUCCAGGAUCAAGAAGAACCCUAAGAAAAAGGUGGCUCGGUCAGCAUCUGAUGGAUCCGGGGUCAUCAGUGACUCUGACAAGUCUUCACUUGAAGAAGGAGAAGUGUCCGAUUCCGAGAGCGACGAUUCCGAUUCUGGUUCUGAUGAUGAGAAGUUCUUUGAUGGGUACGAUGAGAACUUCAUUGGGGAUGAGGAGGAUCGGGCGAUGCUGGAGAAGAUGACAGAGAAGGAAAGAGAACAAGUCAUCUACAACAGAUCAGAGAAGAGAGAUGCCCUAAGGACAAGGUAUGAAAUUGAAAGAAAGCUCAAGAAAGAGAAGAAGGAGCGCAAGAAGCAGAAACGAGAGGAAAUGAUGAAACAAGCUGCCAGUGCACCGUCGGCUGCCGCUGCUGCUGCCGCACCCACUCCAAACAGUGCUGUCAACGUCUACAACAGCUCCAGAGAAAACCGUAGCAAGGAAAGGAGGCAGACCAUUGAAACUAAGUAUGACAAGAAAGCAAGAGCCAUAGAGGAUCUCAAAGCCCUCAGGGAAAAGAAGAAGAAAUCAGUUGAGAAUGCACCCUCAAAGAAGGAACUCCUGAAAGCCAGUGAUGUGUACACAGACGAUGAAGACGACGAUGAUGACGAUGAUGAGGAAGAUGAUGAUGAGGAGAGGAAGGAAGAUCCAAGAUCGUCCGAUCCAAGCGAUGCUUCUUCUGAAGCUUCAGACUCGGAUAGAGAUGAUGACGAUGAUGAUGAGCAGAUGACCAUGUAUGUUUCUACCAAGGAGGAAUUGAACAGGAUCAGAUUAACAAGGAAUAAAAUGGAAAAGUGGGUACAUAUGCCCUUUUUCCCCCACACAACGAUUGGCUGCUUUGUACGUAUUGGCAUUGGACAGAAUAACGGCAGGCCUGUUUAUAGAGUGGCAGAAAUAAUUGAUGUAGUCGAAACAGCUAAGGUAUACCCUCUAGGAAGCACGCGUACAAACAAAGGUCUCAGACUGAAAUAUGCUUCACAAGAACGUGUCUUCAGAUUGGAAUUUGUCUCAAAUCAGGAUUUCACAGAUACGGAGUUCAAGAGAUGGCAUGAAGAUAUGAUCAAUGGAGAUUACGAUCUGCCCACCAUCAACGAUGUGGAAAACAAAGAAGCAAUGAUCAAGAGGGCGCUCAACUACAAAUACAAAGAAGAAGACAUUGAAAAGAUUGUUCAUGAAAAGGAAAGAUUCAGGAAAAACCCAAGGAACUAUGCAAUGAAGAAGACAGAGCUGAGGAAAGCAAGGGACCAAGCAUUAAUAGAAGGAGACGAAGACAGGGCCAAAGGUUUAUCUCAGAAGCUGACAGAUUUGGAAGAGAGGGCUCAGGAACUGGACAGGAUCAGAAACCGUGAAGUCAAUGCAAUCACGUACAUCAAUCAGAGGAACAGAAAUAGGAAUAUAGCCGAGUCUGAGGUUGCCAUGAAAGAAGAAAUCAAAGAGAUUGAAAACGCUCCACCGGAUCCCUUCACACGCAGACAUUGUAGACCACAGCUAGUGACAAAGGCGCGUGAAGAUACGGCAGAUAUUCUCAAGAGACUGGAAGAAGAGAGGCUUAUGCAGGAAAAGGCCGAAAAAGAAAAGAGAGAACAAGAAGAACUUCAGAAAAGAAGGGAAGAAGAUAUCAUUGCCUCACUGACCCAGGAAGCAGUUCCGGCAAAGGUCGCAGAUAGGAAGGUAUCCGAGGAUCUCUUCCAGGCCCAUGACUUUGACAUUAAAAUUGACCUCGAUGUUUCUAUACCAGAAUCCCGACCCAUCUCUGCCGUCAACUCGGAGAGAGACCCUCAAGGUGCUCCCAGGAGGUCCCUCAACCUGGACGAGUACAAGAAGAUGAGAGGACUCAUCUAACUCCACCUUAACCGUCCACGGGGAGUGGUUUCAUGAAGCAUCUGGUCAGUGCUUUUCACCAACACAUGUGCUCUGAGCCAAUCAGAUGCCUGGAUUUCAGUAGCUUAUAACCCUUGUCGGUGAAAUUUCUUCAAGCAUCUUAUUAGUGCUUUUCACUGACAAAUGUGCUCUGAGCCAAUCAGAUGCCCGGAUUUCAGUACCUUGUAACAAUAGUUAGUGAAGAUCACCGACCAUUUCUGUCAUGAAAUGCUUCCCGCAGACCUUCACCAAGGACUCUUUGACCCGUGUUCUACACAACAGGGACCACAUGACCGGAACUGAAUGCGAUGAGCUUGCUUCACCGGUCGCCAUCCAUGAGAGAUAAUAGACUCUUGUUAUACAUAUAGUGGUGCAUCGGAGGAGGGCGAUACUUGGCAAAAUGCAGACAACUUGGGUAAAAAAAUCAUCCUCCAGAACGAGUUAUUGAUAUCAGAGGAUCAAAGCAAUUGCAGAUUGCAAACAUUCACCAAUACACCCAGAUUUUUGUUGGUGCCCUGUGCAUGCUUUGGGUGUAUUUAGAAAGAUUUUCCUCCAUACCAAGUUUUUACACCAAGUGGGUUAUGUAUUAUGGUUUUCGCGUUCGGAAAGUCGUAACAUGUACUGUCGAAAGGAAUUCUGUGAAUUACUUCGUCCCUGUAUGUUUGUGCUGUGCGUUAGAACUGCUCUAAACUGAGUCAAGCAGCUGGACUUUACAAAUCUUUUGAGCUUGUGAAUCAUUUACUGGUAAAUGAUUGAAAUCAAGAAGAAAGAAGAUAAGUCUUGCAUUUCAUUCACCUUUGGUUCCCUUUAACACUUAUCUUGUGGCAUGUGUGCAAGGAAUCACUCUAAGCAAUAGACAAGAGCAUGUUCUAUUUACCAAAUCUACCACUUUGUUUUAAUUUCAGACAAUACCAGGGUUAUUUUGAUGUCAGUUUUCACAAUGUUUGCUAUAUUUUUCAUGUAUUCUCUCCUCAUUGCCAGAUAAAAACCUCAAAAUUUUGUCGCUGAAAUUUAUUUUCUUUUCCAUUGUCAUUUCAGAGGAAAUGUUUGAAUAUUUCUGAAUGGGAAUUUUUCAUUUUCAUCCAUUAUAACUAGCAAUCUAUUUCUGUAUGUUCAAAUAUUUUCGCUCAUUUUGGAUUUUUAUAUUUGAUUUUUGGAUUUAUACCAAAAGGGUUUGUUGUUAGUGUGUGUUUGUUUAAUGGGCAGCUUCUUCAGUUUAGAGAAGGAAUAAAUUGAUAUAAUAUUGACAGCCUCCAUUGAUUUUGAAAAAUCCAAGUAUUCAUGAUAAUUUGCAUAGUUGGUCUAAGAUUUAUUUCAAAGUGAAUUUUUUAAAGGCUUGAUACAGACAACAAAACUCCAACACAAAGCUCAGAACCAUUUUAUGUACAAAACCAAAAUGAUAUGAACCUGAGGUGUCAAAGAUUGUCGCAAAUGAAGGAGAUUGACUUAGGGUUGGUUCUCUGUCUACACAAGGCUGUUAACCAAUCAACUCUUUAAUAGGUUAGAGCAAAUUUAUACAUGUCUAAAGUUGCAUGGAUAUAGGCCAUGGCAUUGUUAUGGCAUAAUUAAGAUAUCCAGACCAGACUCUGCAGUACUAAGGAUAAUUUCACCAUGUCUUACUCACAUGGCUUUAUA